UAAAAAUUUGGGACAUUUUAUCUCUAUUUGUAAACAACAUCAGCCUUGCGAAUAUCUCAAAAUGGAUUUUCAAAUGUUUCUUGUUUGUCAACACGUCGGAAAACAGCCAGUUAACGUCUCGGUCGUUGUUAUGGAAUCGGCGAAAUUCACUGGAUUCAAAUAUUAGGAGGUGCCCAAGGCGUGGCCGUCCUGGUGGGGGACCGGAAUAGGCGUUUCUGGAAGUACGGAUUGGACUGCCGAGAUCCCACCCAGGUCCCCCACCUCGAGGGAGCUCUUCCCUGCCCUGAACUUCUCUCAGAAGUCCCCAGUGUGUGGAAGUGAAUAGUGGACCCGUGGGAUAGACGGAAAGAAAACGGUUGACACAGCUCUUCUCCUCGGCCCCUUUCGUCUUUUGAAAAUCGCGAUAGUCGAGACAAGGCCAAUGCCAUGAGAUGUGGUCUUCAAGCAUCGUCGUCGCCUCUCUUCUCAUGGCCCUCCACAGCUAUGCACACGUUCAGAAUCGGCCACGGCCCGGCAGAGGAAGAGGAAGCAAUUGGUGGGGUAUAGCGAAAGCCGGAGAACCCAACAACCUCUUGCCCCUUUCCCCGGGCAUGUUAUACAUGGAACCUUCAGCACAGUCUUCCCUGAGGAGGAAACAGCGCCGGCUGGUGAGGGAGAACCAGGGCGUUCUCGUCGCCGUCUCGAAAGGUGCGAACCAGGCCAUCCUGGAAUGCCAGUUCCAGUUCAGGAACCGUAGGUGGAAUUGCUCCACGAGAAACUUCCUCAGGGGGAAAAACCUAUUCGGAAAAAUCGUCGACCGAGCAGGUUGUCGGGAGACCGCGUUCAUAUACGCAAUCACAUCUGCGGCAGUGACGCACGCGGUGGCUCGGUCCUGCGCCGAGGGCAGCAUCGAAUCCUGCACCUGCGACUACAGCCACGUGUCCCGAGGUGCCCCGAAGGGCGCGGCGGGCGUCCACGGAGUCCGCGACUGGGAAUGGGGCGGAUGUUCGGACAACAUCGGCUUCGGUUUCAAGUUCUCCAGGGAGUUCGUCGACACAGGGGAGCGAGGCCGGAGCCUCCGGGAGAAGAUGAACCUGCAUAACAACGAAGCCGGAAGAGCUCACGUGGCGGCGGAGAUGCGACAGGAGUGCAAAUGCCACGGUAUGUCCGGAUCCUGCACCGUCAAGACCUGCUGGAUGAGGCUGCCUCCGUUCCGGGUAGUCGGUGACAACCUCAAAGACAGGUUCGACGGUGCGUCUCGCGUCUCCGUGAGCAACGCGGGCUCCAUUCGUCCGACGGGGAAGAAGUCGAGGUACAACCUGCAGUUGAAGCCGUUCAACCCCGAGCACAAGCCGCCCGGCGUCAAAGACCUCGUCUAUAUGGACACGUCUCCGAAUUUCUGCGACAGGAACCCCAAGUUGGGCAUCCAGGGGACCCAAGGCCGCCAGUGCAACGAUACCUCCAUCGGGGUCGACGGGUGCGACCUGAUGUGCUGCGGAAGGGGUUACCGCACACAGGAAAUCGUCGUCGUCGAAAGAUGCGCCUGCACCUUCCAUUGGUGUUGCGAAGUUAAGUGCAAACUAUGUCGGACGAAAAAAACCGUUCAUACUUGUCUUUAAUUUAAUUUUUUUUGACUUCUACAAAAACAUGUGAGAAAUGUUAAGGACUCUUUUAACAAUCGACGAAAUAGACUGAACUUAUAAUUUAUUAAUUUAUUUCGACUGAUCAAGUGUAUAUAGCUAAUGUACAGUGACUUUCAUGUCAUCAGUAUUAAUUUUUUUAAAUUUUUAUUGUAUCUACUAUACCUUUUCCCACCAAAUUUGUGAAUAAUUUCUUUUGUUUUAAUUUUGUACAUUGUAUAUAUUAAUUGCAUCCCGUUUUACUUGUAGGUACAUUUAGUUUGAUAUUUAUUUUGUAAAUUGUAUUAUAAAAUUAUACCAAUGUAUUAUAAUGUUUAUAAUUCUUUUUGUUUUUAUAACAUUUAAGGAUCAGUUCCUGACUGAUUAGAGAUAAAGGUUUUUUAUAUUCCUAACCGAAUAUCAUAAACAUUGUAUGAAGAAUAAAAUUUUAUUACCAAAACGAAUAAAAGCAAAGAAAAUACGAUUUCAAAUUAACUACAACAAUCAACUAUAAAAAUUUCCUUUCUGUUCGACCCUGUUUGUACAUAUUUUGUCGAAGUUCCAGAAGCCUAGGAGAAAAGGAAUGCAACCAAAAAUGGUUCAAGCCAAUGACUUUCGAGGCAUUUAGUCAAACUUAUAAUGUUUUAAAUAAAUGAUUAAAUUCGGAAGAAGAUUUGUAAAAUUACAUUUUCUGACAAACUACAACUUCAGUUCCAAACUUUACCUCAUUUUUGACAAAAAAUUAAGCUAAUAAGUCGAUAAUCUGAAAACAAUUAAAACGUUAAAUAAAUAAUGAAAGCAAAUCACUUUCUUAGUCCAGAAGCAUUUAAGUUUAAUACUUUAUAUAGUUCGGCUGCUGAGACGGAUUGUUAACUAAUUAGAUAUGUUAAAAAAAGUAAGUUGUUCGUUAUUACCAUGUAUAACGAGGUUGUACAGAAAAUAUGUAUACUUAAUGUACUGAUCAGUCAAAAUUUUGUUAAUUAUGGUUAUUUGAUUUUAAUUCCAUGACAAUGCAGGUUGUACCUUAUUUUAAAGAAAGACUACAAAAACUAUAACAAAACCACAAUUUUAUUGGAAUGAAUUUAAUAUAAAAGAAAGUGUGAUGUGUACUAUUUAAAUCGUAUAAGUUGUGUAUAUGACAUUAAAACAGUCUGAAAGAAGAA